AUGGGUGCGGUGACGUCGUCAAUGGCGGCGAAGUUCGCGUUUUUCCCGCCAAAUCCGCCUUCUUACGGCGUUGAGGAUGUGACUGGGAAGCUGAAGCUAACAGGGGUUGAGAACGUGAAGGAGAACGUCGAAGUGUUGAAGCUGAAGACGAAGAGAGGGAAUCAGGUGGUUGCGACUUACAUUAAGAACCCUACAGCCUCACUCACUCUUCUCUAUUCCCAUGGCAACGCCGCCGAUAUCGGCCAGAUGUUCGAGCUCUUCUCUGAGCUCAGCCUCCAUCUCCGCGUCAACUUAAUUGGGUAUGAUUAUUCAGGCUACGGAAGGUCUUCAGGGAAGCCUAGUGAGCAGAACACGUAUUACGAUAUAGAAGCAGUGUAUAGAUGCUUGGAGGAGCAAUACGGCGUGAAGGAACAAGAUGUUAUCUUAUAUGGACAAUCUGUAGGAAGUGGACCGACUCUGGAAUUAGCUUCUCGGUUACCUAACCUGAGAGCUGUUGUUCUCCACAGUGCGAUUGCGUCAGGUCUUAGAGUCAUGUACCCUGUGAAACGAACUUACUGGUUUGACAUUUACAAGAAUAUUGAGAAGAUAUCUUUUGUCAAAUGUCCGGUUCUGGUAAUUCAUGGAACAUCAGAUGAUGUAGUGAAUUGGUCUCAUGGGAAGCAAUUAUUCGAUCUGUGUAAAGAGAAAUACGAACCGCUAUGGAUCAAAGGAGGAAACCAUUGCGAUUUAGAGCUGUAUCCGCAAUAUAUAAAGCAUCUGAAGAAGUUUGUAACCGCGGUUGAGAAGUCGCCUCAUCUUAGAAACGGCUCUUCUGUGCCACAAACGGAGAAGACGAGGAGCAGUACUGAUGUUAGAGAGCCUGCAAGGCCAAGCACGGACCAAAGAGAGAAAUCAAGAACAAGCACUGAUCAGAGAGAGAUGCCGAAGCUGAGUACAGAGAACAAGGAUAUAGCGAGAGCCAGCGUUGAUAAGAGAGAACGAACGAGGAAAAGCGUUGAUGGGACUGAGAAACCGAGUAAUGCCUUGGAACAACAGCAAAUGCAACCAGAGAAAGGGAGGAAUAGCAUUGACAGGUUUGGGGAAAUGAUAAGAUCAGUAGGGUUCUGCAACAUAGAUUGUUUCAAGCCUACUGCAACAGCUAAGUGA